AUGAGUUUUUUUCAGGAACAAGAAAUCAGAAAGUUGGCAAAACAAGGGCAGAAGGAAGCGUGUGGUGUGUUGGCCAAACAGCUACUACAGUUGCGAAAACAGAAAGCCAAAAGUCUGAAUAUGGGUGCUCGGAUGAAUGCAAUCAGUGCCAAAAAUAGAGAAAUGUACAGUAUGGGACGAAUGGCUGAUGCGGUUGGCAAGACAACAGAUACGAUGAAAGUGAUGGAAAAACAGUUACCUCCGGAAAAGCUGGCUAAAAAUUUGGACGAAUUCGCAAGAGCACAAGAACGUCUUGGUGUUACUGACGAGGUGGUUUCGGAUACACUUGACACAAUGCUUGAGGAAUCUGGCGAUGAGGAGGAGCAGGACGCCAUUAUUAGCAAAGUACUGGAUGAGAUUGGCAUCGAUUUGAAUGCACAAGUAAAAUUUUAG